AUGACCUCCUUCUCUCCUCUGAGGUCCACCACCCUCGACAUCCUCAUCCUACAGGACCUCAGUGGAGCCUUUGACACCACCGACCACUCCAUCCUCCUCUCCCGUCUUGAGUCCUCCCUCCACCUUUCUGGCACAGCCCUCUCCUGGUUCAAGUCAUACCUCUCCAACCGCCAACAGUUCAUCAUCAUCAAUAUAUCGGAGUCUGACACAGUCCCAGUCCCUCAAGGCGUCCCCCAAGGAUCACAACUCACAAGCUGCUCCGACAUGGAGGACUCCCUGGGCUACACACCGGGUCUCUCCUCCGAUCACGAUUUGUGGAAGAAUCAAAGCUUCUUGUCGAACAAGACGGACGGCUCAGUUUUCAAACCAAUGCUGUCGCCGGUGAUGAAUAAUAUCAUCAACAUGCUUUUGAUAAUCGGCCUUUUCAUCACCAUGGUUUCACUGGGAUGCACAAUGGAGGUGUCCAAGAUCAAGCGCCACAUAAUGAAACCCAAAGGGCUGGCGAUAGCAGUGCUGGCACAGUAUGGUAUCAUGCCUCUAGUAGCAUUUUCACUUGUUAAGUUGCUCCAGCAGACUGACAUGAGGGCGGUGGUGGUUCUGAUAUGUGGCUGCUGUCCCGGAGGAACUCUCUCCAACAUCCUGGCCCUGGCUGUGCAGGGAGACAUGAACCUCAGCAUUUUGAUGACGGCCUGCUCCACCCUCAUGGCUUUCGGCAUGAUGCCGCUGCUGCUCUCCAUCUACUGCCGGGGCUUCAACCUGCAGAACACCAUGCCCUUCCUCGAAAUCACCAUAUCGCUGGUCAUGAUCCUCAUUCCCUGCGGCAUCGGCGUCGCCAUCAACUACUACAAGCCGCAGUACGCCAAGAUCGUCACCAGGGUAGGCCUCAGUCUCAUGCUCAUCGUCGUGUUAGGGAUAGUCGUCGUGUGUGCCGCUGGAUCGGGAGUCUUCAUCCUGACCGUGCUGUCCGCUCCCCUCAUGAUCUGCAGCGCCGUCAUGCCCAUCAUCGGCUUCUCCUUCGGAUACGUCCUCUCCUGGGUCGUCAGACUCGACCCCUCGGAGAGGAGGACCGUUGCUAUGGAAACAGGCUGUCAGAACACGCAGCUGUGCGCCACCAUUAUGAAACUGGCCUUUCCCAUGGAGCUGGUCGGCGCCCUGUUCCUGUUCCCCAUGCUCUACGCCUUAUUCCAGGUUACAGAGGGGGCGCUGCUCGCCGUGCUGUACAGCGCUUACCAACGAUUCACACGCAGGGCGAAGGACAAGUACCAGCCGGCGAUCGCUGAGGAGCACGAGGCUGAAGACAAGAGCGUCUGA